CACAACGUCACGUCGUACUAGUUGUUUUCUGGCGUGGUCGCAGCCAGUGUGGUUAUACGCGACAUAAACAUAAAUUGAAAUCAAUACCGCAAAACAACCCGGCGACCCCGCGUUUAUUUUCAUACAUCAAUCGUCCUGCACCAGGACGCAGCUGCCAUCUUCCUCAGUGGCAAAGCAAGAUGGUUCGGUUUCACCGGUCUUUCCCGGUACUCCAGGUGACGACCUCCCGCCUCACCUCUUCCAGCACCCGGGCAGCCGCAAAGCUUGCUGCCAGUGGUGCAGCAAGCACGACGACGCGCAGCUCGAGAUCGACUUCGUCUUCAUCGAGUAGUUCUACUUCCUCCUCCACAAGCACAAGCCCCCCACGGCCACAACCUUCCCGAAUGCAAAAUACGUUCAGGUUUUCCGGGCGGUGCCAGUACGUGACUUGCGCGCUCGACGCAGAGGAGAUUUGCAAGAAGAUUUUACGAGAAAAGGUUUCCCUCGUGGGCGUAGACGCGGAGUGGAAUAUGUCGUACAGGAAAAACCACCGAUCAAAAGUCGCGUUGCUCCAAUUGGCCUACGAAGAUAAGAGCCCGCUCGCAAGGGAUAGCUGGCCACUACAACUGAUACCCUCACACGCCUCGUUACAGCGGAAAAUGCAAGUACUUACUAUACGACUGCGAGUACAACAUCACUAGUCUGGAGGACGAGUCAUUGGAUCCAUCUUGUUGUGCACCAGGAUAAGACUCGCGAAGAUGCUCUCGUCCUUAUUUGUUGCAAACCAGCUGUUGGAUUUUAUUUGUUCUCAAAAAUCUUAUGAAACUGCAACUUGUUAACAACAUUUUCAGGUGAAGCUUUUCCACCUGAAGCACUUUUUGAAGUUUCCGCCGUCGCUGAAGCGGAUUCUCGAGGACGACAACAUUCUGAAAGUUGGGGUGAAUAUCAAGGGCGACUGCACGCGCUUGGUCAACGACAACCUAUGGCUUGCUCAAACGUUACAAUCUCAAACGUUGCAAUAGAGUCUGGAGCUUGUGUUGCAUGAUCAGCAUGACAGACUCGCACAGCAUUCCACCUUUUGCAAUACAAAUUUCGCCAGAUUCUAGUGGGAUUUGGGACUUCGGAACUUGUCAUGCGCAAUCCUAUGAGAGUGGGCUAGAACAUGCACUCUUGCAUCACAGAUUUCCAUAUUCUAUUGUAACGUUUGACACUGUAACACCUGAGCAGGUUAUACAACCUGAUCACAGUGUCGGAAAACAAGGUCGCUUGGGUACUACAAUGAAAAAUGCCCCCACCCCAGAACUUGGACGCAUUUGUAUUGCAAAACUUUCCAAAUGAAAUAUUCGCCGUCUUGCAUAUCUUAGCAUCACAAAUUUUCCAUGCUGAAUAGCUCAAAGUUGUGUUGCAAAGGAGCCCAACAGUAGCCGGGUCUGCAUUGCACAAGAUGCCUUGCGCACCUAGAUUCUGCAUCAGAAAGGUUCGUAGUUCUGUCAUGCAAGACAAAAAUCUUUCAUUUGGAAACUUUGCAUGAGAAACUUUUGCAAAUUCUGGGGUGGGGGCAUUUUUCAUUCUAAUAUUGAGUGGACACGGAAAAGCUGGCACGGAAGAAAAUCAACCCCGGGUCUGCGGCCUCGCCACAAGCGGCUGUUGGAAAAGACCAGGUCGAUGAGGUACUUACAAGGUUGUGAUGUCCUCGUUCAAGAACAGUACAUGUGCAAUUCUCUUUCUAUCUGCUCCUAUGUCCUCGUUUGAUUAAUAAGCCUCGCAUUCUCGCAUUGGCAUUUAACACCGCGCACGCGCAUAGGAAGUAGAAUAUUACGAAGGGAGACAAGUAGAACAAGAAUUAUGAUAAAUCAGAUCACGAACUUCACUCUGGCCUCUCUGUGUGCCUUCUUUUACGGCGUCCCCAUGGACAAAGCGAAGAAAACCCGGUGCUCCGAUUGGGAGAACCUGCCCCUCACCAACGUGCAACAAGUGUACGCUGCGACGGACGCCGCGAGCCAUCUGUCGACCUACUGGGCGCUGGAGACGUUGCAAGAUUUACCGGAAUCAGAGCAGCUCAAGUACGUGAGAAAGAGCAGCAACAAGGGCGCCGGUGGAAGUAGUAGUGGAAGUAGUUCUAAUAUCACCAGCUUCAAUCUGGAAGGGAUGGUGUGCUCGAGUCACUACAGUCUGACCGGAGGGAGCGGCCCGGUGAUUUUCCUGCCCCGGUUUGCGUCCGCCAGUUUGGCUUUGAAAUUGCGGAAAGCGAACCGGUUGAAAGUUGUGAAAGCACCCGCGUGUUUCGACACGACGCUGCCGGAGGGGUUUUUCUCUUCUGGAGAGGAGGUUGUAGCUCUUGCGGAGGAUGGUUCAUCUAGAAGUACCUCACCUGAAAUAAGGACCUCUGAUACAACCUUCGACGGUACAACGGUGAGCUGCGGAACUUCAUCAUCUAGUACCAACAGCGAAGUAGAUGCUACAACUGGCGAGGAGUCCGCUCCAUCCUUUGCUGCGGGAGCGCAGCCUUCUGUAGGAGCUUCAGCAGCGCAGAGUGCCGCACCAGACGAGGAUGCACCGCCCGGCAAGGUGAGAAACAUGCUCCGUAAACCGUCCACGUCUUCGGCUUCAUCGAGGAGAAAAAAGUCCAGCGAUCAGGAGGCGCCGGUGGGAGUGGGGGCAACGCAGGAGAAUUUACACAUGGUGUCCGAGUUUCUCGGCACAAAGGUUGCGAAACCCCCGUUAAUAGAAGCACCAGCGGUCAACAUCGUAGAAGACAUCGAGGACACUAAUCUCGUCCUGAAAAAGCGAAGAAUAGAUGUCGCUGCUAGGGGGUCAGCAUCAGCGACGAACGCUAGAGCAGAAACAAGUGGAGGAGGAUCUUCACAAGCAGAUGCUAACGAUGGUGCAGCCGCCGGUCAUCUUGCACCCCAAGAAGGAGCUGCAAACAAGCCGAGAAAUAAACCCAAAGUGAAACCUGAGCCUGCGCCUGCGGUAGCAGACUGCACGCCCCUAGACCUGGAAAAUCCCCAGUCCCAUCAGUGGCUCUUCGUCCCGCAGAGGAUAAGCACCUACAGCCCACCUCCAAAUAACGGAAGUGAUGGUUGUACUAACGCCCCAGCAGGAGCUGCAAGCAGCGGUGGAUCGUCCUCUCCAGCGACUUCUGCAACCGAUCCAGGAGCAUCGCCGAGUGGAGGUCCUCGUCCUCCGGACGACAGUAUGAAACCGCCACUGGACCACGAGAUUCUCCUCCCGAACGCGGUGCACCGGGUCUGGCUGCGUGUGUUCCAGCAGGGCUACACGUUGGAGGAGGUCGGGUCGGAAUUGAACCUGAAACCGCAAACGGUGCAGUCCUACGUCACGAAGGCCUUGGUUUGUGGAAAGCACUACAUCUGGGGCCCGCAGAUGGGAGUCAGCGACGAAGAGCUCGGGCAGCUGGUCGACUACCUGUCGUCUGGACCCAUUCAUGCGCAAAAGAACAUCAACGACGCAGCCGAUGCGCUGGAUCUGGACACCGGGAAGGCGCAUGUACUUCUACUUCUUGCAAGAGAGUAGACAGAAAGACAUCAUGAGAAGAUUUUUUAGCAUGAUUUUAUUGUUGUUAAUGCAAAGAUGCAUCUGGUGCGUGCUGCUCUGUUUGAAAGGAAUGCCUAUGCAACGUAAACGUUCUAAUAGACCAGAAUUGUUUCUAAAUGCACAAGGAAGAUCAACAUUAUCCGAAAAUCAGAUCGCCCUCCUACACUUGAAGCGCCUUUUUGACGCCGGGUCGGUCGAGGACGUUUGUCGGGUGUUGCCCGUAUUGAACCCACACCAGCUUCCACGGCAAAUCUGGGCAGUCAGGCGGACGCGCGGGCAUUUCAUAUUUGCGAAGAAAACGGCGGCGGGGAAUGCUGUUGGAGGUGACGGCAGCGGAGGUGCAAGCUCACCACCACAGAAAGCCGCUGCUGCGUCGACCACCUGACUGCGGAGAGACAAACACCAAGGUGUCGCGCCAUUGCUGCGCGAAUGAAUCGGUUUCUUCAUGCUGCGUAUUAGCUGUACUUCUUCUACACCGAGUAGGGCGAGGAAGUCUUCAUUCGGAUAAGGCGAUCUCGCGAGUUUGAUUUGGAAAUGUGCUCGUGUAGGAACAUUGUUCUGCAAUGAAGCGUUGAAAAGUAGUCACUCAUUGCAGCACUCCUGCGACGCCGCGCUGCUCUUCCUCUUGCAAUGGACUCCGACGCUGAGACUGCGACCGCGUUUCAACAUACAUCGCUUUUUUCGGUUUAUUUCAACAAAAAACAAAAUGCACAGUUUGAAACGCUA